AAAUUUAUGGACAAGAAGUCAUCAUUGAAAUUAACUGGUGGCAGAUGUGUCCAAGGAAUGUUGUGGGGAUUUGAUCCCUUUAUGAAUCUUGUGAUAGAUGAAUGUGUGGAGAGGGCAACUAGUGGGCAGCAGAACAAUAUUGGAAAGGUGGUAAUAUGGGGAAAUAGUAUCAUCAUGUUAGAAGCUCUGGAACGAGUAUAAAUAAUGGCCGUUCAGCAGAGAAAUCCAUGUCCCCUCUCCAAAGGUCUUGUUUUUACUAUGGCAUCAAAAUCGGGUCAUGUACAUUUUCAUAUUAAACUUUUUGUUAAAUAAACUUUUGUAAUAGUCAAGAAA